UUGGCAGCAUGUCCACUGGCACACAGACCACCUCCUUGCAGGGCUCCAAGCUUCUUGGCAGCGGAGACGUGCAGAGCUCCGGAUCCUCCCAAGUCCUGCUGACGUCCAAAAACGCGUCGCAACACCUAAUCUCGUUGGGGAUCAAAGAGGGUCUGGGCAUCCUCAAAGUGGCCACGGCUCAGUGGAAACAGGACAAAAAGACGACGGAUGAAGCCAUGAGGCAAUCCGCGCACUGUACCAACCCGUGCAAGAGAUCGCCUCUGGACCAGCUGGCCGCCCUGGUUUUUCACGGCCAAACCUGGAAUCGGCAGAUAUGUGAAGAACCACGACAGGACCGCUUGUUUUCCACCAAGCCGCAGAACUGCAAACGCAUCGUGGUUCUUGGCGCACCACGUGUCGGUAAGACUUCCAUCCUGCGACGAUACCUCCGAGAUGGAUUUGCGGAGGAAUACAAGCCCACAUCCGAGGAUUUUGUCCGUAAACUGUUCCGUAUCCGCGGUGAGACUUAUCAGGUUGACAUACUGGAUGCAUCCAGGGAGAGGGACUUCCCAGCCAAGCGACGGUUGUCCAUCCUUACUGGGGACAUUUUCCUGCUGGUCUUUAGUGUGGAUGACAGAAGCUCCUUUGAAGAGGUCUGCGCACUCAGACAGGAGAUUCUUGCUGCCAAAUCCAAACUCACAAAAAGGUCCCAACUUGCCUUGGUGGUGUGCGCCAAUAAAGUGGACCUCCUGGAGUCUGAGAGGGACGUCUCACAGGCGGAGGUGCUCCGAGCUCUGGGAGAAAACUGUGCCUACUUCGAAACAUCUGCAAAGGACAGCACCAAUCUGGAGAAGGUGUUCGAGGCCUUGGCGAAGCGCGGCGGGCUUCCGGCUGAAACGGGGCCGUCACAGCAUCGCAAAGUCUCUCUACGGUCCUACCAGGCAAUGCGCACUGAAAGCGUCCGAGUCCAAUCUGCGAGAAACGAUGAUGCCUGCGGGGUCCUGUACCCGCUGGCCCAAAGGCCGAGCUUCAGCGCAGAUCUGCGGCAUGUCAUUGGGACACAUGGUGCACAAAAGGGCGGCAAAACACAAGAAAGAUGUCACAUUCAAUGAGAGACUGAAUGACUGGUAGGCAUUGUUCAACUAAAUUAUUUGUAUUAAAUAUUUGAAAUAAACACAAUUCUAUGAUAUUGCACUUUA